CGCGCGAGGCCGCGGGAGAAGUGCUGGCCGGCCGGGGAGGCGGAGGACGGGGAGAGGAGCGCGAGGAGGAUCCGGAGUCGGCGGCAACAAAACAGAAAAAAAAGGGCUCAGGUCUGGGACUUGGCACAACACGGGAAACCAAGCAACGGAGGAUCACUGAAACUUUUUUUUUGCUUUAGUUUUUUUGUUUUGCUCCUUUUUUUAAAUUAAUUUUUUGUACUGUAUCGGAAAGUGAUUCUUUUGGUGAUGCCAUCCAACACAGUCACCACCACCACCGCUGCUUUCAAAAGCUCUGACUUCAACAGUGGGGGAAAUCGCAUGACUGACAGUGUGAGCCGAGAGAAGGAGGUGGCCGUGGCGGACAGGCCAGCGUUCAGCACUCCGGCCCGCAAAGUCGGAAGGCCCAGCCGCAAACGCAGACACCUCCUUGUGGAGAGUUGUGGAUCACUGACAGAGCUGGUGGGUGUGUCCAAGAAUCACAGAGGAACUGGAAUCCAGUCCUGUUCACAGCUUCAGGUUCACAAUGGGGAUGUAGGAGAGAGGCAUGGCAACAGAUCCUCCGAAGGCUCUCGCCCCACGCAGGAGCAGAAUGCUUUGGAAAACGGCUUCCCUCGCCAGGCCGCCUGCAGCAUGAGCCCUUCCCUGGAGAACGGAUUUGUUGUUGCCCAUGACAAGUGCGACUCCGAGAAGGACAAAGAGGAGAUGCUGCCAAAUCUACCUCGCAAAAAACGAGGAAGACGGAAACUGGAGCGACCAACUAAAUAUGUCGAGCACCAAGAGGACGAGAUCGGGGACUCUUCGAAGAAUGAGGGAGAUCGAGGCAGGCUACGUGGGGGAGUGGGCUGGGAAAUCAGUCUGCGCCAGAGACCCAUGCCCAGAGUAACCUUCCAGGCCGGUGACCCUUAUUACAUUAGCAAGAGGACCAGGGAGGAGUUGCUGGCCAAGUGGAAGAUGGAGGCAGAGAAGAAGGCCAAACUGGUGUCCAUAAUGAACUCGAUGGAGGAGCACGAAGAGGUGGAGGCCAAGCCUCAGACGGCUUGUGGCACCAUCAACAGCCCACUGACCACUGCACCACCACCACCACCGCCACCACCAUCAACAACGAUACAGCAACAGCAGCAACUAACCCAAGCUCUUCCCAAAGCUCAACCACAACCACAAAUACAGCCUCCAGCCCAGCAACAGCCUCCAGCCCAGCAGCAACAGCAACAGCCUACAGACCCAGCUUCUCCUACAGUGGCCACCACACCAGAGCCAGUGCCUAUAGGGGACGGAGAUAAGACCUCACCGAAGUCCACCGACACAGAGGCUGAAUAUGAGGAUGGCAGAGGUUUUGGCAUUGGCGAGCUGGUGUGGGGGAAACUGCGUGGUUUUUCUUGGUGGCCCGGACGCAUCGUCUCAUGGUGGAUGACCGGCCGAAGCCGAGCUGCCGAGGGAACCAGAUGGGUCAUGUGGUUUGGUGAUGGCAAAUUCUCUGUGGUCUGUGUUGAGAAAUUGUUGCCUUUGAGUAACUUCUGCAGUGCUUUUCACCAGCCAACUUACAACAAACAACCAAUGUACAAGAAAGCCAUCUAUGAGGUUUUACAGGUAGCCAGCAGUAGAGCAGGAAAAGUGUUCCUCGCCUGUCCUGAGAGUGACGACACCGACACCUGUAAGUCGGUGGACAUGCAGAACAAGCAGAUGAUUGACUGGGCCAUGACAGGAUUCCAGCCCACUGGCCCCAAGGGCCUGGAGCCUCCAGAAGAGGAGCGCAAUCCAUAUAAGGAAGUGUACCCGGAAAUGUGGGUGGAGCCUGAAGCCGCAGCCUAUGCACCCCCGCCUGCCAAAAGGCCUCGUAAAAGCACAGGCACAGAGAAGCCCAAGGUGAAAGACAUCGUCGACGAGAGAACCCGAGAGAGACUUGUGUACGAAGUGCGGCAGAAAUGCAGAAAUAUUGAAGACAUCUGCAUCUCCUGUGGAACCCUGAAUGUUUCUCUUGAGCACCCACUUUUCAGUGGAGGAAUGUGCCAAAGCUGUAAGAACUGCUUUUUGGAGUGUGCGUACCAGUACGACGACGAUGGAUACCAGUCCUACUGCACAAUCUGCUGUGGAGGGAGGGAGGUGCUCAUGUGUGGGAACAAUAACUGCUGCAGGUGUUUCUGCGUGGAGUGUGUGGAUCUGCUAGUUGGACCGGGUGCAGCACAAGCUGCUAUAAAGGAGGACCCUUGGAAUUGCUAUAUGUGCGGUCAGAAGCCUCAGUACGGCCUGCUGGAACGCAGAGCUGAUUGGCCCAGUCGCCUACAACACUUCUUUGCCAAUAACCAUGACCAAGAUUUUGAACCUCCAAAGCUCUACCCUCCUGUUUUGGCAGAGAAGAGGAAGGCUAUUCGUGUGUUGUCACUCUUUGACGGAAUCGCAACAGGGCUGCUGGUGCUAAAGGAGCUUGGCAUUCAAGUGGAGCGCUACGUAGCCUCAGAGAUAUGUGAGGACUCCAUCACUGUCGGUAUCGUACGGCACCACGGGCGCAUCAUGUAUGUUGGCGACGUGAGGAACGUCACACGCAAACAUAUACAAGAGUGGGGACCUUUUGAUCUUGUCAUUGGAGGAAGCCCCUGUAAUGACCUCUCUAUAGUUAAUCCAGCACGGAAAGGUCUCUACGAGGGCACGGGCCGGCUGUUCUUCGAGUUUUACCGGCUUUUACACGAAGCUCGUCCUAAAGAAGGAGACAACAGGCCUUUCUUCUGGCUUUUUGAGAACGUAGUGGCCAUGGGGGUCAGUGACAAGAGGGACAUCUCUCGCUUUUUAGAGUGCAACCCAGUGAUGAUUGAUGCGAAGGAAGUGUCUGCUGCCCAUCGUGCUCGCUACUUCUGGGGAAACCUUCCUGGCAUGAACAGUAUUUUUCCUCAACGUAGACCUCUGACUGCCAUGAACACUGACAAACUGGACCUGCAAGACUGUCUUGAACAUGGCAGGACUGCAAAGUUUGAUAAAGUGAGGACCAUCACCACUCGGUCGAAUUCCAUUAAGCAGGGCAAAGAUCAGCACUUCCCUGUUUACAUGAAUGAAAAAGAGGACAUCCUGUGGUGCACUGAGAUGGAAAGGAUAUUUGGCUUUCCCGUCCACUACACAGACGUGUCCAACAUGAGUCGAUUGGCGAGACAGAGGCUUCUAGGUCGCUCGUGGAGUGUCCCGGUCAUCCGCCACCUGUUUGCACCACUCAAAGAGUAUUUCGCCUGUGUGUGAAAGUCAGCGCAGCGAGUCGAGAAUCCCAAACUGGUGUAUGAAAUAACAAGAGCCUUGUAUAUUAUUUACAACAUAAACAUCAAAGUAGGUAUUUCAUCGUAUUUCAUUGACUCUUUUUUUUAAAUUCUAUUUAAUUGUUUUUUUGUUUGUUUGUUUUUGGUAAUUCAUUUUACUUUUUAGCAGUGUUAACCAGAAUUUGAAUUGAUUUAUGUGUGCAAGCUAUACUUGAGAUGGGGCCUCCUAUCAAGGCAUUGAGAGACAAAUAAUGGAAAAAAAGUAGAUCAUUCAUUUCACCGUCAUAAGUUAUGAAAAGUCUGAGUUAGGGACUUUUCAGCAAUCGGGCUAGGUUGGGCUACAGGUUGAACGGGCUGCUUGAACGCUCGCCUUUCCUUUCCUCUGAGCAACUGAGCCUUUGGCGAGAGCAAAAAACAACAACAACAACAACAACAAAAAAUUCACAGACGAAAAAUGGUGUCUUUCUCUUCCAUGUCAGGGGAGCUCUGUCUUAACCAAUCCAAAACACCACAUCACAAAUACCUCUUUGUUCACAGUUUCUAUACACAAUGGUAAUUAAAGGUACUACUGUAAUAGGUGACAAUAUGGUGCUUCAAGGUGGUGAAAAACAUUGCAACUCAUGUGGUGCUACUACUUCAGACUAGAUGUGGUCACCUUUAGACCAUUAGCCAGGUUUAAAAAGAAAAAAAAAAAAAAAGCCAGGUCUGCCACAUCUCAUUUGAUAUCUUUUACAGCCUUUUUUUACAAUAAUGUACUGGUGCUCUGUGUAAAACCUCAGCCUCGCAGUCACUGAGGUCAGUUUCUUGCAUCCAUGCACACACAAAACCUGCUGCCCUGCCACAUGGGCCGUGAUGUUUUUUUUCUCCUCUAUACCUUGAGAUAGAAGGCUGUGUCAAGCUACUUUUUUUUCCUAGUUUCACACAAGCCGGAAUCAUUACUGUACAACUCAUAGCAUGCGUGGCGGUCGCAGGGAGGGCGGUGUUGGGUUUGCUCCUGGCCUGCUGAACCCCUCUCUAUAGUGCCUCUCGCAGGCUAUCCUCAGUCAGGUGCAACACUUUUAACAAUGGUGCGGCUUCACAAUGUUCUUCUACCUUUUUAUAGCUAAUUGUUUUGUGCUGUGUUACCAACAAUACCAAGCACUUUUGUAUAUGUAUACUUCUUUUUUUUUUCAGUUUAAAUUUUUUGGAAUAUUUCUCCUUGACUCUUGUGAAUUUUGUUUUUUUUUAAUUGUUUGUUAUGGUCUAUGAUGUGAAAUGCUCUUAGCAUUAUAUAUAUGAGGUAGUUCUUUUUAUUUUCUGUACAGUAGGGCUGUGCCAAUAGAUGUGAAAGAAUGGGUUAGUAGGAUAGGGGAGAAAUUCACCUGUCACUCUGGUGAAUUGGCUACAUGAAAAAAGCCACCCUUUCCCACGUCCUCAUCUGCUACAGUGAUAUUUCGUCAUAAUUCACGUUAGGAAAGUUACUGUCUGCUCUCAGUGUAGUGCGUAUAUGAGCCGUACAGUAAGUAUGUUCUCUAGAUAUCCCAUCAGGUCAUUUCUUUUCUACAGCUUAACUGAUGCUUCUCUCGUGUUGUCGAUAGUGAUGUUUAGUUUCUCCCUUUAAUCGAAUGCUUCAUCCUGGCAAGGGUCGCAGCGACUCCGGAGUCUAUUCCGGGAAACCUGCAGUGGCCAGUUUAUAUUAGUCAAAAUUAAGACAGUGUAUACAGGCUUGAAUAUAACUGACCUGUCAGUGCUGAACUUAUAUUCUCAUAGCCCUAUAUUAUAAUUGAGUUUUGGGAGUCUGUGAAUUUGUUUAGAAUUCUAGAAAAAGUCUGUGUGCAUUUAAAUUAUUCUGCUUAGUACAGAUUUGCGAAUUGGCCAACUGUCAUAAAUUAGACUACAGAAACCAAAAAUUAGAUUUUUUUAUUUUUUUUUAUUUAAGGCAUUGUACUGCAUACAGGCCUUAUUUUAUUUUAUUAUUUUUUUUCAUUAGUUAAUUACUCCUUAGUUCAGUACUCCUUGUGUAUUCUCUAAAUGAUAUCGAUGCCCAUAUUUUUUGUACAUUUUGUACAUAGAAUAUGUUUGUUGCUGUGUUCGUUUUUAAAAUUACCUAUGAGAUGUACAAAUAUAAUUCUGUGCUAAUAUAUAUAAUUGACUCAGAAAGUCUCACAUUGCAAAGAGAGGGGUAAUUAACAUAACUGCAACUUAAAAAAAUUGACAUAAGCUAUGGAGCAGUGGGGUGGGAGGAGGACCGUUGGUGUUUCAUAUUUGUAUGUCAGGCAUUGGAUAAAGAAAGCAAAAGAAUGAUUUUAACAGUAGAUGGACACUUCCGUCUUUACUGCACAGCCCUACAUACAAAUCAAGUCUCUUUAAUUUGCAUUUAAUUCUUUUUUAAAUACUAAACGGGGGAUUGUAGGUGUUUCCUAAGGUGCUAAACAUUUUAUCAAAUUUAAAAAUUAUGUAUUAUUUGGACAAACUUGUCUUGACAAUGACUGUUUUUAUGUUUCUUUUAGUAUUGGAAAAGCACUAUUAUUUUACUCUCUCAUAUAAAUAUAUUAACAAAGGCAUUUUAACUUUGUACUUGAAAAAAAUGAUGAAAAGAUUCUUAUAUUGUUUUAGAAUAGAUCUUGCUGUAGUUGGUGCUUAUCUGUGGGAAAAAAUCAUGUACUCAUAUUGGGAAGUAAGAAAAGAAUUGUAAUCAAUCGAUCUUGCUGUUAACAUGUACUUGCUUAUUAUCCAGGCAACAUUGUUUUUUUUUUUUUCAAGUCCUACAUUCCGUGGCAUAUAUCCAGCCCUCCAACUUUUUAUUUUAUUUUAUUUUUUAUUAAAUCAUUGUUUAUUUUAUAUUUUUGGCUUUGGUGGCCUAUUUGUUUGCUGUUGUAACAGUUUCCUGUAUACCCUUAUUAUAUAUACAGUAUAUACAUACUUUAUAUAUAUAUAUAUAUAUAUAUAUAUAUAUAUAUAUAUAUAUAUAUAUAUAUAUAUAUACUCAGUGUCCUCCAGAGUUAUUGGCACCCUUCAUAAGUAUGAGCAAAAAUCUCAAAAUAAGUAUUACAACAUCAUUUCAGAUUUUUUCCACUCAAACAAUAGGAUUAUUUAUAUUUGUUCUUACAAAAAUCUUAUUGGAACUAUUUUUAAAUAAUAGAAUUUCAUAUUUUUAAAAACGUGCCAAAAUUAUUGACAGCCCCAGGAAAUGUUUUAAUAAAUGAAAACAAAUUAUUAAAAAAUGGAUCUGUGUUGUUGACUUUAACAUGACUUGGUUUUCUGAUAGAUGCAAAAAAGACAGAUGUUAGUUAACCCAGAGAAAACAGAUAUGAAUAUAUAAACAUACAUAAUAAGUAUAAAAAAAAAACCUACUAUUAAACACAGCUGGGGCUAGAACAUAAAAAUGCCUGAAAUAUAUUCCAUAAUUCAGACCUGUAAGCAUUUCUAGCUUACAACCAGGCAAAGGAUGGUGAAACAGUCAAAAGGUCAAGCUCAAAUUUAUUUUUAUUUUUUUUAGAUGUGAAAAUGUAUCAUUGGGAUCGUUGAUGUUUUGGGGCAUAUUAUGAUCCAUGGUUUAGAGGAAGAUUGACAACAUCAUGAAUUAGAAUAGUUAUUAAGAUACUUUGGUAUAAAUCCUGGUACUUCUGCCAGGAUAUUUGGCCUUGUUCAUAGAUUGAUUACCAACAUGGUGAGUCAAACAACUACACUGCAAAAUCAGUGUAUUGCAAAGACGAUCUCAGACGCUGAACCUCAAAGUGUUUGCAUGGAAGAGUGUCCCAGAUCCCUACCGGUGUCUCCAUCCUUGUUAGACAUUUAGGAAACAGUUACAGUGCUGCAAUUUUGUCCAGGGCAGGUGUCACAAAAUAUUCAUGCAAAUUAACAUUUUGUAGAAAAUGUAAAAAAUGCACUACUUUUUUGUAGGUUUAAGCUCAAAAUAUUGCACAAUAUUUUUUAUAAAUUAAGGUUUGCUCAUUUUCAUGAAUCAUGCCAAUGAUUCUGGAGAGCACUGUAUUUUUUUUUCCUCAGUGACACUGUUAAUUAGUGUGACCUCUUUUGUGUCAUAACUGUUUUCAAGCCUUUUCUCAUUUUGAGAUCAGCUCAUACAGCAGAUGUAGCAGUCAUUCUCCACCUCUACUCCCUCUCUCUUCUGUUUUGUGCCCAGAACUAAGAAAAAAGGCUCCUUAUGUACUUGUGCUGGAGAACACUUGAAUAAAUAUAUUGUUUUUUGUGCAAAA